AUGAACAAUUUGGGGAAAGGUGUGAAAAGGAGUCGUGAGGAAGAAAAUGAUACUUCUACUACUACUGACAGGUUGAGCCAUCUUCCACGCUUCAUUAUACAUCACAUCCUUUCGUUUCUCGACGCCAAAUCGGCCGUCCAAACCUCUGUAUUGUCUCGAGUGUGGAGGUGCGCCUGGAAAUAUGUCCCUGUCCUCAGUUUUCAUCGUGAUUCCUUCGAAAAGUAUUCGAGUUUCCUGAAGUAUGUCGACAGGGUUUUGUCUCUCCGGUUUCGAUUGGAUGUCCGCACUGUAUCCUUCAUUGAUGGCGAGAAGUCGCCGGAAAGAACUUUUUUCCCGUUUGCAAAGGUCAUCAAGUAUGCAUUGUCCCACGAGGCUCAGCAUCUGGUGAUUGACCUGCAGAAUGGAGAGGAUAUCUAUGAAACUUUCAGGUUCUGCUAUUUGUUUGGUAUGAACUUGAAUUGCAACCUUAAGACGCUUAAACUACGACGUGUCUCAGUGGAUACUAGAUUCGAUUUUUCUGGCUUUCGGAUGCUCAAUGAUCUGAAUUUGGAGCAGUGCUUGCUUUGCUCUCUUGAUGAUGAGAAUGUGGAUCCUUUUGCUGGCUUUCCCUGUUUGAAGAAUUUGGUCUUGACUCAGUGUCUCCACACUGAUUUUGCUGAUGGCGCGGGUAACAGGAGUUUUAAGAUAUCUGGACUCCAGUUGCUAAGCCUGAAAUUAGACUGUCUGUUGUCUUUGAAGAUCGAAAUAUGUGCACCAAAGCUUGAAUUCUUCGCACUUGUGCAUGACUUGGAAUUCCUGAAUUUCUCCAACUUAAGCAUUCCUUCCCUCGUACAUGCUGAUAUUCGGGUCUCUGACGAGGAAAAAACGAUUGGGCUUGACAAGGAGCGCAGGAUGCAGCAUUUGAUCGCCUUGUUACAUGGUUUGAAUAAUGCAACAUCUCUCAAGCUGGAUAACUACACCAUCCAGGUAUUGUGCAAUAUUGAUACCGAGUUUCUGGAGCAGCAAACCUCGCCAUUUACGAAAUUGAAGUCCUUGAAGGUGGGAGCUGUCACUGUUCCCAGCGCACUGCUUGAUUACUUUCUGAAAGGCUCUUCUAUGGCGACACCAAAUGUUGAGUUUCCGAACUUGAAACAAUCUAUUGUUCUCUGCUGCGAAAACGCCAUGACUGAGUUUGGAGAAGCUGGAAACAGGUGCGGUGAAGAAGAAGCUACAGCUGACAGGUUAAGCCAUCUUCCAGACUUCAUUAUUGAUCACAUCCUUUCAUUUCUCGACACGAAAUCCGCCGUUCAGACCUCUUUACUGUCCCCAUCUUGGAGGUCCGCUUGGAAGAAUGUCCCGGUCCUCGACCUUCGUCGGGAUUCCUUCCAGCAUUACUCGAGUUUUCGCAGCUUUGUGGAGACAGUUUUGUCUCUCCGCCAUCCCCUUAAUGCCCGCAAGAUUAGCUACACAGACGAUGAGAGUGCGGGUGCUAGAGACCGUAGUCUGUUGAUUAGGCUCGUCCAAUGUGCGCUUUCCGAUCAUACUACUCAACAUUUAGUGAUUAACCUCGCGGAUUUUAUGAAUAGUCCAAUUUUAUUCUCCGAGUUGUUCGGCUCGAUCUUGGAUUCCGAUCUCAAAACUCUAGAGUUGAAAGGUGUUGCCUUGGAUGGAGGUUAUGAAUCUCCUUGUUUUCGGUUGCUGAGGAGUUUAGAUUUGCAAAACAGCAGUCUGAUUUGCACUUAUAAAGGGGAUCGUGAUCCCUUUUCUAAGUUUCCUAGUUUGGAGAAUCUUGUCUUGAGUAGUCACGGCACUAGUGAUCUUAGGAUCUCCGGACAGCAUUUGCUUAGCCUUAAAAUGUUACUUAUGUUUCCGGCCGACCUUGAAAUAUUUGCCCCGAAACUCAGGUCCUUCAGCCUUUGGAAUAAUUGGACACUCUUAAGAUUUUCAAAUAUAAGCCUUCCUUCCCUAGAUCAUGCUCAUAUCCAAGUUCAUAUCCGUAACUUGACGAUAGAGGACGACAGGUAUCGCGUCCGCAUCCGCCUGGAGCGAUAUUUGAUCUUCUUGUUCCAAGGUUUGCGUAAUGCAAAAUCUCUGAAGCUGCAUUACUGGACCAUUCAGGCACUCAGUGAAUUGUAUGAGUUUCUGGAGCAACAACCUUCACCAUUUACGAGAUUGGAGUUGCUGAUCGUGGAAGCUGAUGACAUACCUUCUCAACUGGUCGAUUACUUUUUCAAAGGAACUACUGCAGAACCAAAGAUCAAGUUUCUCCCCACGUUAGCCGCACUGCCAUAGUUUCUCCUCGGCAGACAGGCGGGUUCGUAGUUGUUGCAAUUGUCGCCUGCCAAGGAGCUUGAAGCUGCUGGGUUUUCGCCUUUCGGCCUUGGCCUCGUAAUGCAGCCCCCUAGAAAGGCUAAUGCUAUCUUAUUUUGGUGCCAGAUAAAUCGACUUCUAUUCUGAACUGGGUUCUAUUGCUGAAGUUGAAAGAUGGCCAGCUGCUGUAUUGCCAGUUUAAAUGUCUGGAUCAUGUACGGUGAAGUGUCAUCUUACAUGGUGUAAUUAAGUGAUGCCACUCCAUUAUGUCUUGUUGCAGAAUUAGCUAUCUGGAUUUACAGUUGGGACCAAACGUUAUGAAUGUCUAUAUAUAUUGUACAUAGAUUUGAAUGUUUACUGUGGAAUUCGUUUUAGUGGGUGCUGUUUUCGGCCUGCACUGCAAUUGUGAGGUUUACUAGCUAGUGGCUUUCUACUUGAUGAUUGAGCAUGUUUUGCUUUGGUGGGA